AGGUAUCGCGUGCUUACUUACUUGAAGGUAUAUAGAGUCAAACAAAAUAUAUUGAACUGGUCUACAUUCCUUCCAAAAGUAUUCAUAGAAUUAAGGUGUGAACCUUAUCACCAACGAGUUGAAAUUGCCCUAAACACUGAACUAAGCCCCACGGGAAUUCACGUGUUUAUUUACCAAAAUAUUUGAACGACGGGUUACCGGAACGCAAGUUUAUCGGACUGAGGUGUUCUGAUAACGCGCUAGGCGUAGAACAUAAAUUGUUCAUGUUAAACGACCUACUAGGAACUUCAUGCACGCAUACUAAGUAGGUAUUUGACCGACCAUUGCAUACAUACUAAACAGGGGGUGACUGCAAAAAGAAGAAAAAAAAACACCUGGUCCGCGGGGAGACCUUCUCUGGAGACGACGCGUAAUUAUCGGUUUGAAAUACAAAAAUAUACUCAACUCAAGAAUCAGUUUCGUGCCAUCGGUCCGUCGCGAAUGUUGCUUCGCAGUCUCGCCCUGCUCCAGACGGUAAGCACUUGUUUGCGCGGUUUCACCUCAGCUAGCAGGUUAGCAUCAACGACCUCGACUUGUUAUUCAUCAGAAGAAUUCCCAACCGGCAAAAUGGCCCACAGUAUCCAUUCGGCGGGUAUAGAUGAAAUCCACGAAGUUCCCAUGGCUGUCAUCAAUAGACCGAUCCCCCCGAUACUGGAUGACGACAAAGUGGAAUCCCUAAUCAAAACCAUUCAAAACCCAGCGGAGGGCGAGCCGGUUCCGCCGAUCGAUGUGCUCUGGAUCAAGGGAACCGAAGGAGGUGAUUAUUAUUAUAGUUUCGGGGGCUGUCAUCGAUUCGAGGCGCAUAAACGCCUGGGCAAACCGACCAUUACGGCCAAGUUGGUGCGAUCGUCGUUGAACGAUUUGCAGCACUAUCUGGGAGCCAGCUGCCCCAAGGAACUUAAGUGACCCAUUCGCUUGGAGUUGCAACUUUUCUCACUCUUAACCUCUAAGUCAGUAAUUUUAAGGAAAUCGUUAAACUAUUUAGCCACGUUAUAAAAUUUUGUAAUUCAUAUUUUGCGAUUAACAAAUAAACUCGUAUAUGUACAUCUCCUUCGUGUAAA